AUGUCAGAGUUUUCGAGAACAAAAAAACCAAAACUUGAAGAAUUAUACACUGUAACUGAACAAGAUAAACAAGAAGCUCAUGAACUCAUUCAAAAAUUAUAUGAAAAAUGUAAAGAAAAAGGAAAAUCACGAAAAAAAAGUCAAAUUAAAAGAUCUGAUUACACACAUCAAUCUUCAGGACUAACUAUUUCCUCAUGGAAAAUGAAUGAUUGGGAUUAUAAAAAAAGAGAUGUUCUUACUCCUGCUAGGGGUUUGUUUACAAGACAGACAAACGAUAAUCGAUAUGAAAUUGUUAUCCGCGGUUACGAUAAAUUUUUCAACAUUGGCGAAGUAGAAAAAACAAAAUGGGAGUCUAUUCUCACAGACACAUUAAGUCCUUAUGAAAUUACCGCGAAAGAAAACGGUUGUAUCAUUUUUAUUACCGGACUUCCCAGUGGCGAUAUAGUAGUUACCAGUAAACAUUCAAUGGGUGAACUUCAAAACAAUGUUGCACAUGCUUUGAAAGGUGAAGAGUGGCUUGACAAACAUUUGAAUCAAGUUGGAAAAAGCAAGCGAGAUCUAGCAAGAUUUUUAUACACGAAUAGUUUAACUGCAGUAGCUGAGCUCUGUGAUGAUUCUUUUGAAGAACAUGUAUUGCCGUAUACUUUUGAACGCAGUGGUCUAUAUCUGCAUGGAUUAAAUUAUAAUACCGUUGAUUUUAAAACUUGUCAUAGUGAACUUGUCAAUGAAUUUGCAAAUGAUUGGGGUUUCAUUCCAAUAAUAUAUUAUAUCAAAAAUAGCGCUGAUGAGGUUAAAGAAUUUACUGACAAGGUUAAACAAGAUGGUUCGUUGAAUGGAAGGCCAAUUGAAGGAUUUGUGGUACGAACAAGACUAAAGUCUACUGGUCAAGAUUUCUUCUUCAAAGUUAAAUAUGAAGAACCUUAUCUCAUGUAUCGUGAGUGGAGAGAGGUUACCAAAGCUCUUCUAAAUAAGAGGGAACCGAAAUUUACUUAUUCUACCAGUAAACACUAUAUUAGUUGGGUGAAAGAGAAAAUUCGAAAAGAACCUGACCUUUUCAAAGGGUAUCAACAUAAUCAUGGGAUUAUUCAUGUGAGAGAUCUAUUCUUAGAUCAUUUGAAUAAAGAGGGUAUGUCUCAAAAUAUACCAGAAACAGAAAGGUUUAGAAAAACUCUACUAGUCCCUGUUGCAACGAUCGGAUGUGGCAAGACAACAAUUGCACUUACACUUGCGUCAUUGUUUAACUUUGGUCAUAUACAAAAUGAUAACAUAACUGGCAAGAACGUUCGCUUAGAAUUUCACAAUAAUAUUAUAAGGGAAUUUGAAAAUAAAGAUGUUGUGAUUGCAGAUCGAAACAAUCACAUUCAGGAACUUCGUAAAACUCUGAUAGAAGCCAUUGCGAGACAAUAUCCAAAUAUUCGUAUAGUCGCGCUCUAUUGGAAUCAUGGCAUUAAUCCUGAUGAAAUCUUUCAAAUAACUUCACAACGUAUUUUACUACGUGGGGAUAAUCACCAAUCGCUUACUCCUGAGAACCCUAAAUAUGAAAGUAUAAUUAGAAGUUUCUUGCAUGGAUUUGAACCUCUGGAUUCUAACAAUGGUAUUGAUCAUAAUUUUGAUCAUGUCAUUGACUUAGAUAUUAAUAAGGACGUUAAGACCAAUCUUUUACAUAUUCUUGAAGAGUUACGCUUGAUACUUGGUAUAGAAAAACCGGACGCUUCAAGUAUUGACGCAGCUAUUGAAAGUGCAAUGAGUUAUAAACCCUCCAUUCGUAAGAAUGUUAACCGUAAAAGUUCUAAUCAAAAGAAGUUAUCAUCAACAGUUAGAGUUAGACAGCCUAGUUAUUAUGGGGUCGCAUUUGAUUUUGAUUUUAAUAAUUUCCUGAAACAAUAUUUCGAAGAACAUCCGAAUUUGGAUUCUAGAACUUAUAUAAAAUUAGCUCAAAAAAAACGUAUUCCUCUUGAACAUCAUGUUACUCUUGUUCAUGCUGCGGACAUUCCCUCCAAAGAGGGCAAAGUAAUUUGGAAAGAAUACAAAGAGAUGUUUGAAGAAGAACCUCAGCCUCAGCAGGUUCAGGUGUUUUUUGAUAAAAUGGUCUUCGAUUCACGUAUUAUAGCACUUGUU